AUGGAUUGGCCACCGCGAACAUCUUUUGCUGGCCAGAAGCGGAAAAUUAACGAUGUCAAUUCUGAAGAUGAGGAGGAGGGGGACCAGAAGCCUGCUGUUGGUUUUCGCCGAUUUACACCACCGACAGUGACACUCUCUCCAUCACCCCCACCUACCAUGAAUGCAAAAUCUGGUCAUCGUUCAACAUGGGCAAAUGGCGGCGGUUCCACUCUCAAAGGACAAAAUGGGGCGGGCAAGGCAGGGCCUGGUGGAAGUGGAAAUACAUUUGCCGCCCGAAUGAUGGCUAAAAUGGGGUACCAGAAAGGCCAAGGCUUGGGCGCCAGUGGACAGGGGAUGCUUAAUCCAAUCGAAACAGUAUUACGACCUCAAGGAAUUGGUUUAGGUGCUGUCAAGGAGAAAUCGCAACAGGCGAAAGAUGAAGCAAGACGUGAGGCUGCUAGGCGAGGGGAGGUGUUGGAAGAUAGUUCGGAUGAAGAGCGUGAAAUAAGGCGGCGGCGGAAAGAGGAGCGGAAGAAAGGGAGUCGGAGUGGAACAAAUACCCCUAAGGGCCCUGUGAAACCAAAGUUUAGAACUGCGCGCGAGAUUGAAGCGGAUACGGCUGGAUUGGAGGUUCCGAAUAUCCUCAAGUCGUUGAUCGAUGCCACUGGCAAAGAGCAGAAGUUAUUGACGUCGACGGCUGGGCUGAUGACACCGCUGGAGUUCGUGAGCGCUGACGAAAGUGAGGCUCUAAAAAUUGCAAGGAGAGCAAGGAAUGACCUCGAAGCUUUUGCAGAUGAAUGGAAGGCACUGGCAGAGAGAAGGAAAUUUGUGGAACUUGAAGAAAACGAGGUCGUGGCAGAGUUGGAUACGCAAGAGACUAAAAUUGGACAACUUUCUUCAUUAUCUUUGGCUGUGGAAGCGUUGGAGAAUUUUAGACUUGAUGACAACCUAGCAGGACGAUGGGAGCGAAUCACCCGGCAGUUGGAGGAGCUGGAAAUCCAAUACGAAGAUGUAUUCGACGAGUAUCAGCUGUCUGAGCUGGCUGUUGCGGCGGUUCACCCUUUAUUUAGGGAGUCUAUGGAGGAAUGGGAGCCACUGAAUGACCCCACUUACUUGGUGUCCAAUCUCCAACGGCUUCAACCUAUCUUAUCUCGAAAACCUCAUAACGUGCAGGAGGGUGAUGGCAGGCAAAAACAUUCCACCACCCCGUACGAAACCAUGGUAUAUACUAUAUGGCUCCCAAGAAUUCGCUCUGCGAUCCUCAACGACUGGGACGUACAUGAUCCGUCACGCGCAACAGCUCUGAUAGAUGCCUGGAAAGAUGUGUUACCCGAAUUCAUAUACUCCAAUGUUCUUGACCAGCUUAUUGCCCCAAAACUUAGUACGGCAAUCAAAGAAUGGAAGCCACGAAGUAAGAAGAAACGAAAUGGAACUUCGUCCCAGGCAUCACAGUUUCCAUGGUGGCUCUUCGAUUGGCUACGAUAUUUAGACGAACGACAUACAAACCCCAAGGCUCCAACCGGACUCCUAUCUGAUGCGAAGCGAAAAUUCCGCUUGAUGUUGGAUACCUGGGAUUUGGAUAGUGAGCUCCCUGGUGGCCUUGAAUUUUGGAAAGAAGCGCUAGGCUCGGAAUUUGAUACGGCAUUACGAAAUCAUCUCCUCCCACGUUUAGGCAGGCACCUCCGCGAAGAAUUCGAAGUGAAUCCACAAGACCAAAACAUAGACCCGUUCGAAAACAUCUUGAAAUGGAAGGAUUAUUUCAAACCGGCCGUCAUCGCUCUCCUCCUCACCGCUGAAUUCUUCCCGAAAUGGCAUGCUGUGCUACACCUCUGGCUCACGUCCGAGCCUAACUACGAAGAAGUUGGCCAAUGGUUCUCAUGGUGGAAGUCACAAGUUCCCGAUGAAAUCAAUGCCGUCGACGAAAUCGCCGAAGAAUGGGAACGGGGACUUGAAAUGAUGAACCUUGCACUUGACCUGGGUGACAGGGCCAAGACAGAGCUGCCACCGCCAGUCACCAGUCAACAGAGACAACAACGAGACUUGCGAGAUCAUAUCAAGCAAAAAUCCUCAUCCACGCAAGCACCGGCGGGAGCCUCCAAAUCCCGAUCAACGCAAUCAGCCAAGCGCAUCGAGGAGCCGACAUUCAAGGACGUCGUGGAAGAAUGGUGUGCAGAUGAGGGACUUAUCAUGAUCCCACUACGCGAAGCACAUGUCCAGAGCGGCUUGCCAUUAUUCCGUAUCACAGCGAGUGCCAAUGGAAAGGGUGGAGUGCAGGUGUACCUCAAGGGAGACGUGGUGUGGGCGCAGAAUAAGAAGGCAAGAGACGUAUGGGAACCGCUUGGGUUGGAUGGUGUGCUUGUAGGACGAGCAGAAGGGAAAUGA